GUUUCACGUUUGUUGAGGUGCUUAAAGUAACUUUUUAUCUGUCAUGAGCCCGUCAGACACAGAGGAGUUGUCUCAGGAUGUGAAGUGUUGACCAAUGAUGAUGUGUUUGCUCCUGAUCUGAGAAACAAGUGAACCACGUGGUAGUUGAGGGCAGAAAAAAACGCCUAGUUUGUGAUCAGAUGCUGCUGUGGUGUAAAAGCUGCGGAAUCACGUCGCAUCUUGAAUACUGUCGCCUCUUAUGUGCAGCUCUGUUAGGGUCAAAGUAACAAGGAAGCGUUUUAUAAGAGACGAUCCCUGUUUGCAGCGUCCACACCAGGACGACCAUGGAGCUCCGUGCACAGCAAACUUCCUGCUUUCUGAUCUGCCUUUUAUUUCUCGCCGUUACUGCGGAGCUGCAGGCACCUGAAGUCCACACAAAGCUUGGGAGCCUGAGAGGUGAGUAUGUGAGUGUAAAGGGCAAAGAGACCGGAGUCCAUGCCUACCUGGGUGUCCCAUUUGCCAAGCCACCCAUAGGUCCUUCCCUGAGACUGGCUCCACCUCAGCCUGUAGAGGGAUGGAAAGGAGUGAGAGACGCCACCAAGCAGCCACCCAUGUGUAUUCAAAACAUAAAGAUGACUCUGGAUCUUAUUGAAAUGAUUGGUGCUGAGAUUGCAGAUAUCCCAGACAUUUCAGAAGACUGUCUUUACCUCAACAUUUACACUCCUGCAAGCAGAGCUAAAGAUGCCAAACUUCCAGUCAUGUUCUGGAUCCAUGGUGGGGGCUUCACUAUGGGUUCAGCUUCAGUGUAUGACGGAUCUGCUCUGGCUGCUUACCAGGAUGUGGUUGUGGUUCUGAUCCAGUAUCGUUUGGGACUUCUGGGCUUUCUCAGCACUGGAGAUGAGCAUGUAUCAGGGAACUUUGGGCUGCUGGAUCAGAUAGAAGCUCUGAGGUGGGUCCAGCAGCACAUUCACAACUUUGGAGGAGACCCAGAUUUAGUUACCAUAUUUGGGGAAUCUGCUGGUGGAAUGAGUGUAUCUUUUCUGCUCCUCUCACCAUUGUCUGAUGGCCUGUUCCACCGUGCCAUUGCUGAGAGUGGUACAGCUGCAAUGGAUAUAGCUGUAACCGAUAAUCCUCUGCCAAUGACACAGAUGGCUGCUAAUGCAUCUGGCUGUAGCAUCGAAAGCACAGAGAAGAUUGGGGACUGCAUGAGAAACCUUGAUAUUGAUACUGUUGUGGCUAUUGCAGAGAAUGAACAUUUGAGAUAUCCUGUAUGUGUUGAUGGACACUUCUUGAUGAAACCUGCAGAUGAGCUGCUCUGUAAACAUGAACUCCUCACCCUACCGUUCAUGACUGGUGUUAAUGAUGAUGAAGGGGGAUGGAUGCUUACUAAUUUCUUUUCUCCUCCCAACUGGACAGAAGGAGUGGAUCGUGAGCAGAUCGUUAAUGUGAUGUCCAUGUUCUACCCCGAUCCCAAAGAUGCAUUCAAGAGAGAUCUGAUGAUAGAUGAAUACAUUGGAACUGGUGAAGACCGUGUGAAAAACAGAGAUGGACUGACUGAGUUGAUUGGGGAUUUUAUCUUUAACAUUCCAGCCAUUAAAACUGCUAAUGCUCACAGAGAUGCAGGUGCUGCUGUAUACCUGUAUGAGUACCAGCAUCCUCCCUCAAUGCUGCAGAAGAAAAGGCCUAGCUUUGUUGGAAGUGACCAUGCAGAUGAACUGUUUGCGGUGUUGGGUUUCUGCUUCACAACUACCCAUGCCAAAUUAACUGAAUCAUGCACUGAAGAGGAGAAACAGUUGGGCAGAAUCGUGAUGAGCUACUGGGGCAACUUUGCUCGCACAGGGUCUCCUAAUGGGGAUGGUCUCACCCAUUGGCCAAAGUAUGGAGCAGAAGAGGAGUAUCUGGCAAUUGGUUUGAAGGAGCAGGUAGUUGGUCGAGCUCUGAAGAAGGAUCGGUUUUUUUUCAUGACUCAGACCCUUCCAGAAAAGAUCCUACAACAUAAAGACAAUUUAGAGCAGGCACCUGAAGUCCACACAAAGCUCGGGAGCCUGAGAGGUGAGUAUGUGAGUGUAAAGGGCAAAGAGACCGGAGUCCAUGCCUACCUGGGUGUCCCAUUUGCCAAGCCACCCAUAGGUCCUUCCCUGAGACUGGCUCCACCUCAGCCUGUAGAGGGAUGGAAAGGAGUGAGAGACGCCACCAAGCAGCCACCCAUUUGCAUUCAACAUAAACAGCUUUCUUUGGAAGUACUUGCCAAGUUCGAGGGCUGGUUGAUGGAUAUCCCAGACAUUUCAGAAGACUGUCUUUACCUCAACAUUUACACUCCUGCAAACAGAGCUAAAGAUGCCAAACUUCCAGUCAUGGUCUGGAUCCAUGGCGGGGGCUUCGUUUGGGGGUCAGCCUCAUCGUAUGACGGCUCUGCUCUGGCUGCUUACCAGGAUGUGGUUGUGGUUCUGAUCCAGUAUCGUUUGGGACUUCUGGGCUUUCUCAGCACUGGAGAUGAGCAUGUAUCAGGGAACUUUGGGCUGCUGGAUCAGAUAGAAGCUCUGAGGUGGGUCCAGCAGCACAUUCACAACUUUGGAGGAGACCCAGAUUUAGUUACAAUAUUUGGGGAAUCUGCUGGUGGAGUGAGUGUGUCUCUUCUGCUCCUCUCACCAUUGUCUGAUGGCCUGUUCCACCGUGCCAUUGCUGAGAGUGGUACAGCUGCAAUGGAUUUACUUGUGUCAAAUGAUUAUAACCCUCUGCCAAUAACACAGAUGGUUGCAAAUGCAUCUGGCUGUAGCAUCGAAAGUACAGAGAAGUUUGCGGAUUGCAUGAGAAACCUUGAUAUUGAUGCUAUUGUGGCUUUUGGGGAGGGUGUACAAUUUCCAGUAAAUAUUGAUCGACACUUCUUGAUGAAACCUGUGGAUGAGCUGCUCCAAAAACAUGAACUCCUCACUGUACCAUUCAUGACCGGCAUGAAUAGUGAUGAAGGGGGAUUUAUAAUUCUCGACGGCAUUGCUUCUCCAAACUGGACAGAAGGAUUAGAUCGUGAGCAGGUUGUGAACUUGAUGUCCAUGUUCUACCCUGAUGCCAAAGAUGCUUUCAAGAGAGAUCUGAUGAUAGAUGAAUACAUUGGAACUGGUGAGGACCGUGUGAAAAACAGAGAUGGAUUGACUGAGUUGAUUGGGGAUUUUAUCUUUAACAUUCCAGCCAUUAAAACUGCUAAUGCUCACAGAGAUGCGGCCGCCGCUGUAUACCUGUAUGAGUACCAGCAUAUUCCCUCAUUCCUGCAGAAGAAAAGGCCUAGUUUUGCUGGAAGUGACCAUGGAGAUGAAAUCUUUGGGGUGUUAGGUUUCUGCUUCACAACUACCCAUGUCAAAUUAGCUCAACCAUGCCCUGAAGAGGAGGAAGAGUUGAGCAGAACCGUGAUGAGCUACUGGGGCAACUUUGCUCGCACAGGGUCUCCUAAUGGGGAUGGUCUUGUCCACUGGCCAAAGUAUGGAGCAGAAGAGGAGUAUCUGGCAAUUGGUUUGAAGGAGCAGGUAGUUGGUCGAGCUCUGAAGAAGGAUCGGUUUGUUUUUAUGACUCAGACACUCCCAGAGAAGAUCCAACAACAUGAUAAGAAUAUAAAGCACACACCUGAAGUCCACACAAAGCUCGGGAGCCUGAGAGGUGAGUAUGUGAGUGUAAAGGGCAAAGAGACCGGAGUCCAUGCCUACCUGGGUGUCCCAUUUGCCAAGCCACCCAUAGGUCCUUCCCUGAGACUGGCUCCACCUCAGCCUGUAGAGGGAUGGAAAGGAGUGAGAGACGCCACCAAGCAGCCACCCAUGUGCAUUCAACAUAAACAGAAUACUCUGGAUCUGUUUUCUUAUACCAGUGCCAUAUUGGAAGAUUUGCCCGACAUUUCAGAAGACUGUCUUUACCUCAACAUUUACACUCCUGCAAACAGAGCUAAAGAUGCCAAGCUUCCAGUCAUGUUCUGGAUCCAUGGUGGGAGCAUCACUAUGGGUUCAGCUUCAAUGUAUGAUGGAUCUGCUCUGGCUGCUUACCAGGAUGUGGUUGUGGUUCUGAUCCAGUAUCGUUUGGGACUUCUUGGCUUUCUCAGCACUGGAGAUGAGCAUGUAUCAGGGAACUUUGGGAUGCUGGAUCAGAUAGAAGCUCUGAGGUGGGUCCAGGAGCACAUUCACAACUUUGGAGGAGACCCAGAUUCAGUUACAAUAUUUGGGGAAUCUGCUGGAGCAGUGAUUGUAUCUGUCCUGCUCCUCUCACCAUUGUCUGAUGGCCUGUUCCACUGUGCCAUUGCUGAGAGUGGUACAGCUGCAAUGGACUUUCUUGUGAGAGACGAUCAUCUGCCAGCGAUGGAGAUGGUUGCAAAUGCAUCUGGUUGUAGCACUGAAAGCACAGAGAAGUUUGGGGACUGUGUGAGAAACCUUGAUGUUACUACUAUAGCGGCUAUUGCAGAGAGCAAAAACAUGGUAUUCUGGGUAAAUGUUGAUGGACACUUUCUGACGGAUCCGGUGCACGAGCUGUUCCAUAAACAUCAAAUCUUCCCUGUCCCAUACAUGACUGGCGUUAAUAAGCACGAAGGGGGAUUUGCUAUCCCUAAUUACAUUAAUCUCCCUGACUGGACGGAAGGAAUAGAUCGGGAAGAAUUCAUGAACGUGCUGUCCUUUUGCAACCCUGAUCCUAAACGUGCUUUCAAGAGAGAUUUGAUCACGAAUGAAUACAUUGGAACUGGUGAAGACCGUGUGAAAAACAGAGACGGAAUGACUGAGAUGCUUGGAGAUAUUUUAUUUACCAUUCCAGUCAAUAAAGCUGCAAUUGCUCACAGAGAUGCAGGUGCUGCUGUAUACCUGUAUGAGUUUCAGCACCCUCCCAAAAUCCUGCAGAAUAAAAGGCCUAGUUUUGUUGGAUGUGACCAUACAGAUGAAAUCUUUCUAGUGCUUGGAUUCUGCUUCACAACUACCCAUUCCAAAUUUGUUGGUCAUGGUCUGGAUCCAUGGUGCGGCCUUCAUUAUGGGUUCAGCUUCAGUGUAUGAUGGAUCUACUCUGGCUGCUCACCAGGAUGUGGUUGUGGUUCUGAUCCAGUGUUGUUUGGGACUUCUGGGCUUUUUUCAGGUAAACAGACCCAAGUUCUUAAGUAUAGUUAGUAUAUACUGCAUUAUGCUCUACUGCUUUGUGAUCUGUACCAACAUAGGAACACAAAUUCAAAGUUGAUUUACUUUUACCAGCUGGUGUAAACAUGAUCUGUGAGACUCGGACUUUAUAUUCUAUCCAGCACUGGAGAUGGAAAAUGUAUCAGUGAACUUAGGGCUGCUGGAAAAUAUGAAAAUAUGAAGCAGAGCAAGCUGUAAAAUGAUCACAUCUCAUUCCAUUAUUAAGUUUUUUUUUAUAAUUAUAAAUAACCACAAUAAAAAGAGCUGAAAAUGCCUGACACACUGUACUAAACCUGGCCUAAAUCUUUUUUAAAUGGAGGCACUUUUUAGGAGGUUAUGCAAAGUACCAUACAUUUUAUAUAUAGGACUUACACAACUAAAUUUAAAAAGAUGUAUGGUUGUGGUCACUGAAAAAUAAAACCGAGAAAGAUGUGAAAACGUCUAUCAAUUAACAGAAUUUUCAAGGCAGAUAGCUUCAGGGAAUAUUUACCUUCUGUUUUUGUUUCCAUAUUUAUGGAUCUGGAUUUUAAUAUUAAAUGAAUAUUACUGUUCAGUGGUUUUGUUAGUACCAUCGUCACACAAAACUGGGAACACACUGGUCACCGGUAUGACUUAAGAUAAUCAGUGAAUUUGUUUUUCUACAAAGCAGGUAAUGACUUUACACACAGCUAUCCUGUAUUACAAUAAGAUACACAUACAAACCACUCUGAAAAUAAAUAGAUGUGACAAAAAUGUUCCUUUCAGUUUUUUUAUUACUGAGAAGAGCGCUUAAGCUGAAAAGCUCCCUGAAGUCUGAUGUGAGCAGUUCAAUAGGUCAAACUAAGUUUUUCCACAAAAUCAGGCAAAUGGCAUUGAAAAAAAGUACAAAGCAACACUUUUCAAAGGCAAAUCAUUCAAAUAGCUGGGUUUACAGAUAGGAGAAUGUAUAAAACAAAUAUAUUAAAUUUGAGAUGAAAUCAAUAAAAUGUGUCAAAGAAAAGAGAAAUCAAUGACGCUUUAAGCAGAGUUUUUUUUUCUUUUUUUUGCAAAUGUUAGUAAAGCUGCAGUCUGUUAUAAAAGUGCUG